GUUUUUGUGUAUUUAUUUUGGUUUGGGAAGGAUUUUUUUGACUAUUAAAAUCGUCUUUGUAGAAAUUAUCCUUAUUAGGCAUCUUUUAUACUUUUCUGAUUAUCUAGAUGCAUAUUUUUUAGGUCUGUUUUGCUUUUUACACUGAAGACAACCCAGGGCCUUAUGCAUGCUGGGCAGGUGCUCUGCCACUGAGCUGUACCGCCAGCCCCACACACACCUUCAGACAUAUAUUGCAAAAUUGCAGCCCUUUGUUUCAGGCGAAUUACUUCUGAACAAUAGCGGGUUUUCCUUUCCCACAUUUGUCAACUCUGAGCAUGUUCUAAAAAUCUUUGCCAGUCCUUUGUGCUAUCCUAGUGAACUCAGGUAUCUGUUCAUGAGUUUAGCCUUUUGUAUUUACUUGGGAAUAACCAGUUUUUCUCUAUUGCCUAUUCUUUGCAGAAUAAUAAGGGCUUUCAGUGUAUCCAUUGCAACAUCACUUAUUGCAGUCCUAUGCUCUACUUAGAAUCACCACAUUUCUAGGAUAUUCUUAUAUGCCCUGCAGUCUGUUCUGCCUCCCUAUUUACUCUGGAACCCACUUUUCUUCUUAAUUAUUGAGAGGAGUUCUGAUGUGAAAUCUGUGUUCCUGAAACUAGCUGUAGGCUUGGUGCAGUCCCAGUCCCUACCUCCCAGGCCUGGCUUGCACAGUGCCUGAGUCAAUCAGUAACGUGGGAAGUGCCCUGCACAGGCCUGGCACACAGGACUCGCGCAGUCACCAUGCCCCGGCUUUCCGCUCCCCUAUGAUUCCUCGAGUCUUCUCUGGACUGGGCGCCUGCAGUUUUUUCAGCCAGCCUCACCACACCUCCCUAUUUUCUGCCCUUUCUUGACCCUGGAAUGCUGCACCACCUGUAGGAUUCCAGGAAAGCCCAUCCUGGAGCCAGCAUGGAAGCAGGAAGCAAGCAUAUCCUGUCUUCUGCCCCAGCUGCUUUUCCUGCUUUCCUGUUUUAUUGGCCAUCAUGAUGGAUUUUACCCCCGGUCCUUUCCUAUUGCUUUGUCACCUAUAGAUUUGGGCCACAUUUUCUUUAUUCUCACUUGUGCUUAGUACUAAUGGGCCUUAGAUUCCCCUGGGCCCCAUCCUUUCACAUUUCUUGUUUGUUUGGAUUUGUGGUUUAAUUCUUUCCUCUUCUCAGGCCACCUAUUGGACAUAAGCCCCUCUGAUGGCUUGUUUGGGAGGGGUUGAUUCGUGGUGAUCAUGAGGCCCCUGAGCUCCAGCAGCUGGGGAGUGGAGGAGCAGCUGUGGGUGCGGCUCCAGCCCUCUCCCCUCACCUGCAGACCCCCAAGGGCCACUGUCCGCCCUGAGCACUGUGGUCUGCGUCUUCACCGCUCAUACUGCGCAGGCAGCCUGUUAGAUCCUCUCCCUCUCACCUUGUCCAAGGGAAAUGUCCUUAGUCAGAAGUGCCAUCUGGCUCUGUGCUGCAGAGUUUUCAAAGUUGUGAUUCCCAGAUCCCAUGAGCUGCAGGCGAGGCUGAGGCCAGCUCAGGAGCUCUCCAUCUUCUGGCUCCUCCACAGGACUGGGUGUAUUUCUAAUUCCCACGUGCCAGGGCCCCUUCCAGUUGCAGCCUGUGCAGCCCUGGUCGUCCCACCUCCAGGAAUUGUCCUUUGUCCCUGGUUUACAUGCUUACAUAUUGGGGUUUCUGGCCUGAUGGGCGUCCUCCUUUUCCCCUCCAAGUCACACAUUUGCAGGGCUUCCUGCCUGGGGCCUCUGACACAUCCGGUCUAUUCAAAGGCUGCCCUCAAAGGCAGUGGAUCUUUAUCAAGAGCUUUCUGUGUGCCCAGCUCUGUGAUGGCUCCAAGAGAAGAAGCCAUUAUUUCCCAGACUGCAGAGAGCUUCUGUUCAUAGGAUGUCACUGGCAGAUCUCCCUGCAGUCACGAGAUCCACAUGUCUCAGUAUCAGGACUGUGGUGCGGAGGCCUCCGGGAUGGUGGGGCUUGCCGAGGGGCUGAGCAGGUGGAGCUAACAGUGGAGAGGGAGGUGGCCGGACUAUGGAUCAAGAUCCCGUGUGUGGAGAAACUUGGCAGCUGUACCUAUGAGGACAUCUGUAACAUGCUCACCACUUACAUUCCCCCUGGGGAACCCUGCCCGGAGCCCCUGCACACCUACGGGCUUCCCUGCCACUGUCCCUUCAAAGAAGGCACCUACUCGCUACCCAGAAGUGACUUCACGGUGCCUGAGCUGGAGCUGCCUGGCUGGCUCAGCAGCGGGAACUACCGAGUCCAGAGCAUCUUGAGCAGCGGUGGGAAGCGGCUGGGCUGUGUCAAGAUCUCGGCCUCACUGAAGGGCAAAUAACGUGGCAUUCGCCUCAGCCAAGCGAGGGGAUGGGAAGGCCCCACCCCCACUGCACUGCCCUCUGUGGGACUCUGCCGCUCACUGGAAUCCACCGUGAGCCACUUAGGUUUCCGGCUGGGGCCAGCUGCGAGGGGCCAUUCUGGGGAGUCCCAUCCCUUUUUCCCACUGGGUGACGCUCUCUGAGCUUCUGUCAUUUCCAGAGUCGUUAAGGGACAGAAGCCACUGUGCCCGGGACCUUCAGUUCUACUGACCCCAUCCUGGCCUCUGUCUGACUUCCUGCUUGCUGUUGAUGAUUUAAAAGUGCCAGUAUUAAUAUUUUUCUUUUCUCCAAACCCCUCCUGCAUUGAAGGGGCUGAAGUAGUUGUCUGUUCCUCCAUUAAUUUUUGCAAUUCAGUUUGCAUUCAUUCCAUGGUUUGUGUGGUCAAUGCCAGGGCCGGGUGUGUGCUGCAGGUGCCUUGCAGAAAUUAAUUACCUUAAGAAUGCUGUAGGUGCUUAAGAUCAAUUACAGACUCAAGUGCCUGCAGGGCCAAGCAAAAUUAGGAACCAGUAGAAACAGUGGGCUUCUGGGCAUGACCUCCACUCUUACUUCUUUAAUAAAGUUAACAGAUCCCUAAGGAUUCCUUAUGCUGUAAGACAAGUCAGGCUGUGCACUGAUACGAGCGAGCCAACAGUCCACCUCCUGUCCAGGUUUUCCAUGUCCCCGGCUGCGCCAUGGAAGAGUGUUAUGGGACCCGUGUUUGUAGAGUCCCCAUUUUGCUCCCUAGAGAGGCCAAAACCCAGAUUUUUAUGUGAAAUCUUACAAUUUUUAAAUAUUGGCAGCUCGUUAUCUUUUUAUACAUUGUACAGCUGAAGAUUUGUCUGUGUUGUCUGGUUCCUGUGGGCCCAAGAUCACAGGCCCUGUCCUUUCGGUUUCCAGGCAUCUCCUCCGCCAGCCUCUCCCUGUGUCGGCCAGACUGGGUCGGCAAUUGUGUGGGUAGUGAGACCUGGGGUGGAGGGAUGGAUCCCUUGCCAGCUACCCGGCCCUGUUCACUGUCCUGUUGUGCACGACAACCUCCUGAGCCACAGAGAGCCCUGAGUUCCGGACUCAUUUGGAGCAAUAAACCUGUUUAACUUGCUGAGAAG